CUUAGGAAGAAGGCCGCAAUGGUGGAGAGAUGCAAAGCACCGGGCCAUUUCGAUGUAGUUCACAUCCCCGUGGAAAUUGGAAUGAACGAUAUGGACUCACACGAGUCAACCAAAGUCUUUGCCUCAACUGAAGGUUUCAAGGAAAAGGAUAAAAAGAAAGCCUGAAGAUUCUACCUGUGGAGGAGGAGAUCAGUCAACUCUCUACCACUCCUCUUCUUCAAUGAAUCAGCCCGACGACAUGAUGCUGUUCGAGGUCGACGAUUUCCUGGCCUUCGCUGAUCAGGUCGCAGAAGAACCAGAACCCCCUGCUCAGGAGCUUGACUGCGGCGGCAUCAAGAAUAAGAAGAUCAGGAAUGCAGGAAGUUCAUCAUCUUCCACGAAGAACACUCUCGCAAAAGUCGGGUUCAUUACAAAGUCUGAGAUUGAGUUGCUAGAUGAUGGAUACAGGUGGAGGAAGUAUGGGAAGAAGAAGGUUAAAAGUAGUCCAAAUCCGAGGAACUACUAUCGGUGCUCAAGUAUCGGAUGCAAUGUGAAGAAGAGAGUCGAGCGCCACCAAGAUGAUUCAAGCUUUGUGAUAACCACAUAUGAGGGUGUCCAUAAUCAUCAUGCUCCGCAACCUGCGGCUGUGCAGCAUCAAGCUCGUCAUCUGCCAAACUCUGAUGGCUAA